CACGAUCUUUUUGAAGGCAUAGUGUCAUUCGACCUUUCUUUGUAUAUACAAUAUUUUGUCACGGUUUGUGAGUGGCUUUCUCUAGAGGAUCUCAAUAACCGUAUAGGUGGCUUCCCUUUUAAGCACAGCGACCUCAAUGACAGACCGUGUGAGGUUCCUGUAAAGAAAUCACUUGGAGGCCAUGCUAUUCAGAACUGGAACAUGGUUCGUUUUCUUCCCCUCUUCCUAGUCGGUUCCGUUCAGUCUACAGAGAAUGAGGUCUGGAAGCAGGUUCUGUUGCUGUCAGAAAUUGUUCUGUUAGUUACUGCGCCAGCAGUUACAAGUGCAAUGGCUAUGAGGCUCCAAGAUAUCAUCGAAGAUUACGUGACAAGCAGAGCAGCUCUGUUCCCAAAUAUUCCAUUGAGGCCAAAACACCAUUACCUUCUUCACUAUCCAAUGCUUAUUAUGCAGUUUUGUCCCCUGAUCAGAUAGUGGACAGUGCGAUGCGAGAGCAAACACAGCUACUUCAAGAAAUGUGCUAGAAACUGUCAAAAUUUCAAGAAUUUAACGUUGACUUUAUCUCAGCGGCAUCAGCUUUUCCAAGCUUACAAGAACACAGGAAGCAGUACUGACGUUCUCGACAAUGCAUCUACUUUCAUGAUCAGCCUUUGCAGUCCUGAAAUUCAGAACGAAGUUCGGGAAGUUGUUUCUGAUGAAGGGGAAAUUUUCUCAACACAGCAAGCAACUAUUCGGGGUCUGUUGUAUGAGUGCAAAAUGUUAGUUGUAAUGUCACGGCAGAACGGCGAACUAAUGUUUGGGGAAAUACAGCUGAUCCUGUCAAAAGAUGCCCGGCAUUUUUUUCUUGUAAAAACUGUUAGUACAUCAUAUGAACCAGGAAUGCAGUAUUUUAACAUCUUAAGUAAUGACGGUCCAAUCAAGUGCAUUGAGCUCGACAGCUUGCUUGACAACACACCAUUAAUCCUGUACAACCUUGCCCGCUGCAGUUAUCCUGUUUUUGUUUUGAAGCAUGGAUUACUUGAUGGAGUUUGAACUGUGUUUCAGAUAGCUGCAAUGGAGUUGGAACAGCGAAUUUCCAACUGGCUGCCAGCCCUGGACAAGGAGACUGUAGAGCUGACAGUCCAGAAGCUGCAGCAUUGUGGUGUAGAGGCCCUGGAACAUCUGAAGUAUGUGGUUGAAGAGGACUUGCAAUUUUUAAAGCCCAUCAGCAGAAGGAUUCUUCUUGAAAGGUUUCACUCAGCGGCUACGCCUAACCCACCAGUGUCACUUUCUCCAAACGACAUUCAAUCGCCUACAAGCACACAGGGUGCAAGCUUUUCUACACCUUGGGAGGUUUUCCCACCACAACUUAUGAAGGCUUGCCAAGAAGGGAAGCGUCCAGUAAAGAGCGACUUGAAUGAAAUGGUACGACUUGUGAGUGACCAUAUUCUUGCCAUAAAUAGGAAGCCAGGUCGCAAGAUCUUGAGGGCCAUCGCAGCUGAAAUUGUCAGCUAUUACCCGAAGACAUUCGAGGACACCCUAAAUGGGGCAGUAAUUGGCUCGGGUAUUGAGACACUCUUGUGGAAACUUGAAAACUGUGUUAACAACAAACGAAGGCCAAGCUCUGAGCAGCCACAUCAGUUCGAACCGGACGAUGAACUGGACUUGCGUGUCAAACGAGUGAAGAUUCAGAGAGACUCGUAUGGGUGUGUGGCAUGGCAACCAAAGCUUCCAUCUGACGAGACCGCUGACUCACAGGAGAAUAAAAAAGACGACCUGCUGUCGCAGUUCAGGCUUGCGUUUCCAGACGAGACCAUGGUUGCACAGCUCAUGUCGGAGACUUAUGCAUCACAACGUCAGCUUAUCAAUGCAUCCAAAAAUAUUCGAGACAUUGAGCGAAGCUGGCCAUUUCUGUUUCAGGCAAAGCACCUGACCAACCACGUAAACAUCUUGCUAGGCUCAAAUGUUGCACAGACUUUUGAUGACCGACUAAAGACUGUUGGACGGCAAGUUUUUCGUUACGCACACAGCCAAGUAAAAAAAGAAUGUGUGAAGUCUUGUCUCCAAGAAAUAGAAGCUGCCAAAACUAACAGGAAGUCAAUGGCAGUUGAAUACGAAGCCAUGCCACUACUACUGCUCGCAAUCUUCGGAGAAGACAAAGAGCGGUUCUACAAGCUAACAGAGGUAAAAACUGACAAAUGUAGUUUGCAUUAUUUCCUUGCAGUCGUCGCACGGUAAUGCACAAUGUCAAGUGUCCCAUUAAUUUAUUCCUCCCAAUAACCAAGUCAGCACUGCCUUUUAUAACAGUAGUGCAGUGAUUGUUUUAAUCCCACGUCUCUAACAUUUGUACUGAGAUAACAGAAAAAUCUGGAAGUUUUAUGUCAACCUUGCCCAUAAACAAAAAUUUAUCGUCAAAGCCAGCAGACUUGCUGCGGUGUGCUUUAGCAUGCGACGCAAUGGUAACUCAUAUUAAGUGAAAUGGCGUCUGUGUUGAGGACUUAAGGCAACAUUUUUCUUUUAUUACAUUCCAUUGACCGAUCUUAAUGCUAAUGCACAUGUGAAUUGGAUUUUUCAUGUAAGGAGACGGCCAGCGACGAUGACUUGGGGGAUCUGCCAAGCUGUCCUUUCAUCUGCGCGAAAGGAUGGACUUUUCUGACUGCUAAUUCAUACACAAUCUGCGUGGACAACCAUCCAGUACUUCAUGCAUCGAAGCCAGACGAGGCCUUCAAGCUGCUGUUCUUUGCCCAUUUUGCUUUUAACAUCCAGUAUCAGAAGGAGACGAGCCUGUGCUUGGAAUUCACACAGAGGGCUAUUGCAGGUAUUAAUCCUGCAAGAGGAACAAAGGUGCAAAAGAAUGGCGGGAAGCAGCACUGCCUGUCACCAAGAGUGGCUGCACUCGUAACGGCUUCGAAAGACUAUGACUUUUAGAUUUUUAGUUUCUGUUGCUUGUGUUGUAUAACAUUUCAUUAUGUUGGGCUCAGAAAUAGUUUUCGAGCUAUAGAAGACUGCUGAUGUGACUUUCGU